AUGUCCUCCGUCUUUCCAGUCAUCCAGGAGCUGGUUCCCGAGCCGCUUUCGAAGAAGAUGAGGCUGGACGAGGGCAAGUCGUCCAAGAUCAUCGGCACUCACAACGGGACUUUUCACUGCGACGAAGCACUCGCUGUCUUUAUGCUCAGGCAGACAAAUGACUUUCGCAACUCUGACGUGAAGAGAAGCCGUGAUCCCGCAAUUCUGAACGCAUGCGACAUCGUCGUUGACGUCGGCGGAGUAUACGACGAUUCCAAGCGAAGAUAUGACCACCACCAGCGGGGCUUUACCGAAGUGUUCGGCCACGGCUUCGAGACAAAACUGUCUUCAGCGGGAUUGGUGUACAAACAUUUCGGCAAGGAGAUCAUCGCAGACCGCCUUCAAUCCCCCCAGGACGACCCCCGAGUAGAAACCCUCUGGCUCAAGGUUUACAAGGAAUUCAUCGAGGCCGUCGAUGGAAUCGACAAUGGCGUCAGCCAAUAUCCGGCGGAGCUGAAACCCAAAUACCGCGUCCGGACCGACCUCUCAAGUCGCGUGGGCUGGCUGAACCCCGCCUGGAACGAAGCAUCGGAUAGUCAAAGUUACGACACGCGUUUCGAGCGAGCGUCAUCCCUCACCGGACAAGAAUUCCUAUCGCGACUGGACUAUUACGCGAACGCAUGGCUCCCUGCUCGAUCCCUCGUUGCUGCCGCCCUCGCCGCGCGCACCUCCACGGACCCCUCGGGCAACCUCAUAAUUUUCGAGUCCUUCCUCCCCUGGAAAGAACACCUCUUCGAGCUCGAGGAGGAGCAAUCCGUGGCUCCUGACGCACAGCCCAUCUACGUGAUCUACCCGGACGAGAGCGGCAAAUGGCGCGUGCAGGCGGUGCCGGUGAGCCCAGACUCGUUUGAGAGCCGGAAGGCACUACCACAGGCGUGGCGGGGUCUGCGGGACGAGGAACUGAGCAAGGCCAGCGGAGUCGAGGGGUGCAUUUUCGUACAUGCAAGCGGUUUCAUCGGCGGCGCACAAACGCAGGAGGGCGCGCUGAAGCUCGCAAAGUUGGCGUUAACCUUGUGA